AUGUCUUUACUACCAAACCCGGUUCGGACCAAUAUACUACAACAUCACAUAGACAUAGAACCGGGGAAUAAACCACGCAAUUCUGCGCCAUACCGCUAUGCAGCGGCUCGUCGUAAAAAAAGCCCAUGGGCAUCGCCGGUAGUUUUAGCGCCGAAAAAAGAUGGCACCGUGCGUUUUUGCAUUGAAUAUCGAAAAUUAAAUGAAACUACCAUACGGGAUCAUGUUCAAUUUCCUUCGACUCUGGAUCUUCGUUCUGACUACCGACAGGUAGAAAUGGACAAAGAAAGCAAACCCCUUAUACCAUUCGUUACCGAAAAAGGACUAUUCGAAUUAUACUUAGAUGAUAUCAUUGUCUACUCCCGUACUUUCGAACAGCACCUCCAAGAUCUUAAAAAAGUUUUCCUCGCUUUAGCUGAUGCUAACAUAACACUUAAAUCUUCGAAAUGCAAUUUUUGUCGACCAAAAAUGAAGUAUCUUGGACAUAUCAUCACACCGGGUGGUAUCAAACCUGAUCCGGAUCUGAUAUCUACGAUGACUAAAUUCACCCAACCCACGAAAACCAAAGAAGUACAAGCAUUCCUUGGUCUCACUGGUUAUUACCGACACUUUAUAGAGAAUUACGCUAAAAUUGCUGAACCUUUAAUCAAACUACUACGGACGACUCAAUCAACCACACUUCGUUCUUCUUUACCCUGGAAUGACGACUAUAUCAUGGCAUUUAAUGCGCUAAAACAACGACUCAUCUCUUCUCCAAUUAUGCGUUUGUUAGGUGGCUCUCUUCGAGAGUCACUUCGGUUUAUUUCUCCUGUUUAUAUCAAGCGAAACACGAAUAUGUACAUACGAGAGAAAAAGAGAGAAUCCAAGAAAGAAAUAACGUUUUGUUAA